AUGCACACCUCAUUCUUCACCAGACUCGUUGCGCUUUCUGCCAUUGCCUCACUUGCUGUUGCACUCCCCUCUGGUUGUGACCGCAAGGUAACGAUUAAAGCUGGAGAUACAUGUGCCACAAUCUCCGCUGCACACAAAGUCUCAACAUACCAGCUGAUGAAAGUUAACACCGGCGUCAUUAACACCGCUUGUGAUCUGCAUGUCGGAGAAGAAAUAUGCCUUGCAAUUAAAGGCCAAGACUGCACUGCCGUCCACGUCGUGAAGUAUGGCGACGUAUGCAACGCGAUCGUCAACGAGGCUGGUAUCUCGCUCAGCACAUUGUAUGCGAACAACCCAAACAUAAACGAGGGCUGCACUAACCUAUAUCCCGACGAGGUUCUCUGCACUUCGAGCCACAUUUACUACUAGAUCGUGUGUCCCAAGAAUUCGUAUUUUAAUUGCAGUACACGCAAUUCUACACGGAAUCCUCAAGUAUGUUGCAUAUAGCCUAAAUAUCACACAUGACCGUUUUUUUUUUUCAAAAUCCAAGUAGUUCUCGUGCCAGACUGUGUUUGUAGUAGUGUUCGACACUAGUUUUGCAAUACAACCCUCCAGAG